CGCGGGACUGUAGUCAUAGCAACCACAUCCGGAAAUACGCUUCACACAGCGCAUGCGCCGAGCUGGGAACCUCACACAUGGAGGACACCGUGCAGGAGAUGAGGAGCCGCGUGAUCCUGGGGGAGUACGGGACCCGCAACGUGCACAGCACAGACUUUCCUGGGAAUUACCCUGGAUAUGAUGACAGCUGGGAUCAGGGCAGGUUUGAGCAGAAUUUCCGGAUGGAGAUCAUGAGGUUCGAGGACGAUGUCCUAGAGUUUGACAUGGUCGGGAUUGAUGCUGCUUUGGCCAAUGCGUUCAGACGCAUCCUGCUGGCAGAGGUUCCAACUAUGGCUGUGGAGAAGGUCUAUGUGUACAAGAACACGUCCAUCAUCCAGGAUGAGAUCCUCGCCCACCGCCUGGGCCUCCUCCCCAUCCGCGCUGACCCCCGACUCUUUGAAUUUCGCAACUCAGGUGACGCGGAGGGCACAGAGAUCGACACCCUGCAGUUUGAGCUGAACGUCCGCUGCUCCCGGAACCCCCGCGCCUCUAAGGAUUCCUCCGACCCUAACGAGCUUUACUUAGAUCACAAAGUGUAUACUAGUCACAUGAAGUGGCUUCCACAAGGAAACCAGGCCGACCUGUUCCCAGAGAGCGAAGCUCCGCGAUCUGUGCACCCCGACAUCCUGAUCGCUCAGCUGCGCCCUGGCCAGGAGAUCCACGUGGUCAUGCAUUGUGUCAAAGGCAUUGGGAAGGAUCACGCCAAGUUCUCUCCGGUUGCCACAGCCAGUUACCGCCUCCUUCCGGAGAUCACGCUGCUGCGCCCCAUAGAGGGGGAACUGGCGGAAAGACUGCAGAGGUGCUUCUCCCCCGGGGUCAUCGCUUUAGACAACGUGAACGGUAAGAAGGUGGCGCGGGUGGAGAACGUGCGGCUGGACACGUGCAGCAGAGAGAUUUUUCGUCAUGAUGAUCUAAAGACCCUGGUUAAGAUGGGACGAGUGCGAGACCACUUCAUCUUUUCUAUAGAGUCGACAGGAAUUCUGGCCCCAGACACGCUGCUCAGAGAGGCCAUCAAGGUCCUGAUGGGGAAAUGUCGCCGCUUCCUGGACGAGCUGGACACUGCCAACAUGGACUGAGGGCCUGGACGCCCACAAAGAGACUUUCUCCAGGACACUUUUGGUUGGGGUGGGUGACGAGGCCAAGUGGUGGACGCUCACUUAUCUCUGUUAUAUUCUAAUCAUAGCGCAUAAAAGAAGUAACAGAAAAAAAUAUAUAUAUAAUAAAUGCAGACUCCUUGUCACUGCUCAUAAAGGCCUGGAUUCACUACUGAACCGGGGUCACCUCCAGAGCAGCACUCACUAUUCUGCUGUUACAUCGAUGUGGAAUACCCCCAAUGACUCGUAAUUUAGGCCGCAUGAAAGUGAUGACAGCAUUCCUGUCCAGCUCCUCACUUUCUCCUGACAGGAAGUUGUGUAGUCCUCUCAUUGUAAGUGUGGUGUUGUCCCAAUUCCUCCCUCUGCUGUCUCAGAAGGGGUGGCGGGAUCUUGUUUCAGCUCUAGCCCUGCCCCCUGAGUGAUGUCAUCACCUCUGACCAGCUCCUCCAGCUUACAUUACCAUCUCCCUGUCAGAUACAUAUUUAGACCUUGAGACAUGUCACAGGCAGAGGAGCAGACAGGGAAUGCCUACAGCAGGUGCUGCAACCACACUGACUGCAUUAGUCUGCAGUGUACUGAGAGAUGUUCUGCAGCUGCUCUAGAUAGGGAACUGACAGGAAUGCUGUGAGGGGAAUAGGUGGGGGAGGACUGUAAUGGAGAGCUGAGGGAAUUGAAGUGCUGAGAUACUUACAGGAUUAAGACUUCAAAACAAGUUUUACAACUGGGGCAGACAGGUAAGCACAUUAUGCUUCCGCAGCAUUUUUAUUUUUACCUAAUGUUGGAGUACACCUUUAAGUCAUGACAGGUUUUUAAAUGGUCACUACCCAUGUGAUCUGUAACACAUUUUAUAAAGCACUUGUUUUGCUAAGAAGGACUCCUUACACCAGCUGGAAAACCUAGUCAAUCGGUGUUCCUCCUACAUCCUUAUCAGCAACACAAUAUUGGGGACUUCUCCUCCCUGUUGACUGAUAGGGCCAACCUUACACACUUGGUAUUAGCACUGGUCAAACGUUUCCUCUGUUGUCUCACUUUCCAUCUUUGGGUGAUAUUUUAGGAUUGUUUUAUGCGUUUUGACACUGUUUCUGUAGCUCUGGAAAGUUAAAGGUUUACUGCCCCUCCUACUUUGUCAGGUCUCUGAAGCUAAGCAGCUAUCAGCUGGGCCUGUCCCUCCAUGGGAGACCUCACCUUGUCAUUGCUUUGCACCUUGUGGUCAUUAUUCCUGCAGCUAUACGUAUCCUCUACUAUAUUACUUGGGUAAACUUUUGUUUUUUUAGGCCUUUUACUAUUACUACAGCUUCAUCUCAUUCUGAUUCAGCACCUAAGAGGCUCCUGACGAGAGACAU